AUGCAGAGGAGCCUGAGGAACGUCCUGGUGGUUUCCUUCGGGUUCCUCCUCCUCUUCACCGCCUUCGGGGGCCUGCAGAACCUGCAGAGUAGCCUGUACAGCGAGGACGGCAUGGGGGUGGCCACGCUGAGCUCCCUGUACGGGGCCGUGCUCCUGUCCUCCAUGUUCCUGCCGCCCAUCCUCAUCGCGCGGUGCGGCUGCAAGUGGACCAUCGUGGGCUCCAUGUGCUGCUACGUGGCUUUCUCCCUGGGCAACUUCCAGGCCAGCUGGUUCACGCUGAUCCCCACGUCCGUGCUGCUGGGGCUCGGGGCCGCCCCGCUGUGGUCGGCGCAGUGCACCUACCUCACCGUCAUGGGCAACUGGCACGCGGAGAAGACGGGCCAGCUCGGCAAGGACGUGGUCAGCCAGUACUUUGGCGUCUUCUUCCUCAUCUUCCAGUCCUCGGGGGUGUGGGGCAACCUCAUCUCCUCGCUGGUGUUUGGCAAGACGCCGACGAAAGACUCCAUCCCGGAGGGGCAGCUGGAGUCGUGCGGGGCCCGGGACUGCCUGAUGGCGGCGGCGGCCAGCAACAGCACCCAGGGCCCCUCCCGGCGGCUGAUCUACACGCUGCUGAGCAUCUACACGGGUACCGGUGUCCUGGCGAUCUUGCUCAUAGCCAUCUUCCUGGAACCCCUGGAGGAGUUUGAACCGAACAGAAAAGGGAGGAAGAGGAAGCCGUCUCCCUUCUGGACCACGCUGCUCUCCACCUUCCCUCUGGGAGACAAGCGUCUGUGCCUGCUGGUCCUGCUGCCGCUGUACAGCGGACUCCAGCAAGGAUUCAUCUCUGGUGAAUACACGAGGUCCUACACCACCUGCGUCCUGGGCAUCCACUUCGUGGGCUACGUGAUGAUCUGCUUCUCGGCCGCCACCUCCGUGUGCUCCCUGCUCUACGGGAAGCUCUCCCGGUACACCGGCAGGGCCGCCAUCUACGCGCUGGGCGCGGCCGCCCACCUGGCCUGCAUCCUCACGCUCCUGCUGUGGCAGCCGCGGCCCACGCAGAUGGCCGUCUUCUUCCUGCUCCCCGCCCUGUGGGGCCUGUCGGACGCCGUCUGGCAGACGCAGAACAACGCGCUUUACGGCGUGCUGUUUGAGAAGAAGAAGGAAGCGGCCUUCGCCAACUACCGGCUGUGGGAGGCGCUGGGCUUCGUCGCCGCCUUUGGCUACAGCUCGUUCCUGUGCGUCCGCGUGAAGCUCUACAUCCUCGCCGGCGUCCUGGGCGCCGCCAUGCUGGCCUACGGGGUGGUGGAGCACCGCGAGGCCGGCAAGGGCGCGCAGGUCCUGGCGGCGGGCGCCCCGGGGCGGGCGGCCGAGGACAGCUCGCAGUCGCAGAUGUGA